GGGGAGAGGAAGAAGAUCAUCACAAACCCUUCAAAUUUCAAUCCCUCUAUUACUACAAAUCUAACUUCAUAAUUGAUUUCUUUUCUUAACUUCAAAUGAUUCAUAUCUUCAGAAAAAUACAAACUUGUUUUGUUUUAAUCACAUCAUUCUCCAAUCUUCAAUCAAACCCAGUUCUUCCUCUUCGUUAAUGGUGUCUAUGCUUUUGUUUCUUGGUCGUCAACACUUCAUAUCUAAUCCAAACACCAAUGUUCUCCUUUUCCCUCGUUUACUCCACCUCACCGCGCGCAGAUCUUUCUGGGUUUCAACCGAUCCCGAUAAAAAUUCAAGAUUUUUGGACCUAUCACCGCCGCCGCCGCCGCAAUCUGUUAUUCGCGAAAUGUGUUCUUUAAUCUGUCAAUCUUACUGCCAACAACAAUUUCAUUUCAGAUCAUCGCCUCCCAAGCUAAACCUACCUAUCGAUAUCGAAUCUCUAACCUCCGAACAAGCAAUUACAGUUGUUACCUCACUAGUAGAUGAAUCAGGUCCAAUGGUGGCUCUAAGUUUCUUCUACUGGGCAAUCGGGUUUCCUAAGUUUAAACAUUUCAUGCGGUUUUAUAUCGUUUUAGCUACCUCCUUGAUUAAUCAUGUCAAUUUUGAAAGGGCCCAUGAAGUAUUAAAUUCUAUGGUGAAGAGUUUUGCAGAAAUUGGUAAACUGAAGGAAGCUGUUAACAUGUUGUACGAGAUGCAAAAUCAAGGUUUCGAACCCAGAACCAAGACUCUUAAUUGCGUUAUCGUUGCGGCUGUUGAAAAUGGUGUUAUUGAACUUGCGGAGAAGGUGUUCGACGAAAUGUGUAACAGAAGAGGUGUGUUUCCUGAUAGUUAUAGUUUUAAGCUGAUGGUGAUUGCUUAUUGUAGAAUGGGAAAAGUGCUAGAAGCAGAUAGGUGGUUAACUGCAAUGGUGAAGAAAGGUUUUUUAUUAGACAAUGCGACGUUUACUUUAGUAGUUAGCACUUUUUGCGAUCAAAAUCGCGUAAACAGAGCAAUGUGGUUUUAUGGUAGAUUGCUUGAGAUGGGUUUUGUACCUAAUGUGAUUAACUUCACCUCAUUGAUUCAUGGUUUGUGCAAAAGGGGUAGUGUUAAACAGGCUUUUGAGUUGUUAGAAGAGAUGGUUAGGAAAGGCUGGAAACCGAAUAGUUAUACACAUACUACACUAAUCGAUGGCCUCUGCAAGAAAGGAUGGACUGAGAAAGCAUUUCGGUUGUUCCUUAAGCUCGUUAGGAGCGAGCAUCAUAAACCUAAUGUUCACGCGUACACAGCCAUGAUUGGUGGAUAUUGUAAAGAGGAAAAGAUGAAUCGAGCUGAAAUGUUAUUUGAGAAAAUGAAGGAACAAGGAUUGGUUCCUAAUAUAAACACAUACACCACCCUUAUAGAUGGGCAUUCCAAAACAGGCAAUAUCGAUCGUGGGUACAACCUCGUGUCUGAAAUGAAAACGGUUGGUUUAGUUCCUAACAUUUACACCUACAAUUCGAUAGCAGAUGGGCUGCUUAAGAAGGGAAGAAUGUUAGAGGCUUACGGAUUGUUAAACCGAGCUUUUGAGGAUGGUGUGCAGGCGGAUAUAAUUACUUACAACAUUCUUGCAUCUCAAAAUCCUAUGCAUGGCGAUUCUUAUUUCGGUAAGAUUAUAAAAGCUGGUGUGAAACCCGAUAUUCAUUUCUACACCACGUUAACAACCGCCUUCUGCAGGCAAAAGAGAAUGAAUGAUAGUCAUCGGAUUUUUAAUGAUGCCAUUCGGAUUGGCUUAGUGCCAACAGAGAAAACAUACACAUCGAUCAUAACUGGUUACUGCAGGAAUGGAGAUAUUGAAAAGGCGCUUGAAUUUUUGAACAGAAUGAGUGAUUUUGGAUGUAUACCGGAUAGUUUCACAUAUGGGUCUUUAAUAAGCGGGCUUUGUAAAGAAAGGAAGCUAGAUGAAGCUUAUAGGCUGUAUAAUACAAUGAGAGAGCAAGGUUUUUCUCCGUGUGAAGUAACUCGUUUGACAUUAGCUUAUGAGUAUUGCAAUAAUAGUCAAUUGUCUAUGGCAAUUUCGGUUGUUGAUGGGUUAGAUAAGAAGUUGUUUAUUCGCACGGUUAAGACGCUGGUUCGGAAGCUUUGUUGCGAUAAGAAAGUAGAGAUGGCCUCGGUUUUUUUACACAAAUUGAUCGAUGUAGAUGAGAAAGUGGAUCGAGUAGUUCUUGCUGCCUUCUUGACAACUUGCUACGAUUCCAACCGUUAUGAGCUUGUUUCCGAUGUUUCGAAAAGGAUUUCGAAAGGAAUAGGUUAACCUUUACAAAAUCUAAAGAAGUCAUGCAAAUGGUGAAGAUAAGUUUUAUUGUUCUUUUAUAGAUAUUGUUGUAUGUUAAGUUAGUUUUUCUUUUUCAAUUAUUUGU